CCUAAUUGACUAAGAAAAACCUAGUUACUAACUAAAUCCUAAUUACUAACUAGUUCUGUUAACCGAACAAUCAAGGAAGCUAGAAAAAACCAGAACUGGGCCUGAAUUGGAGGGUGCAGGGCCGUCUUGGCGCAGAGGCCCAAUAAGCCACUAAUUCGUGGGGUAGAGGAUGAAACAAGGGGGUGUGACCAUUCGUUGGGGUGCAAGGUGAGGUUAUUGGGUUGGGCCAAAGCCGGGCCCAUACUGAGCAAGGCAAUGGAAUGAGAGGGCAAGUUCAGUCUCUCAUGGUUCUUGUGCACAUCGAAGCUGGCUCCAAACGCGAUUCUUCCAAAAGCACUUCCUAGAAGCGCUUCUCUCCUCUCACCGGUGUUGACAUUAACGCCUCUAAAUCCCUCAUUCACACGAACUCAGAUAAAACUCUCUCGGAGCUAAACAAGUCUUGAAACGUCAAAACCGAAUCCUAAUACGCAAGCUCAUGAACUAAACGGCGAUGGAGAAAAGUCACAUACCGUAAUGGCUUUCGCAACGUUCACCGACGAGAAGCGGACCGAGAGCUUUCAGAUCUACUUCUCCUGUUCUUCUUCUACUUCAAUCUUCCUCGCCGUUCUCUGGCGCCUUGAGCCGCGGCGUUCACGUAUCUUGAAUCGUAAUCGUGGAAGGCGCGGUUCGAUUGUUGGGAUUCGAGAAGAUUCACUGAGGCAAGGGACACCACGGAUUGGGGACGGAAUCAAAGUCCAGCAAGAACAACCAAUGAAUUCGCCGGCAAAGAUGACCGGCGCAACGACGAUGUUACUGGAAGUUCGUCUCAGAGACUGAGGCAGAGUGAAUUCUAGCUCAACCAAUCAAAGCUUCAACGUGGAGCUUUGAUGGCUUUGUCUCAGAGCUUUGGUAAGGGUGGAAUGGUGGUGAAGAUGCGGAAUAGAAGAUGGAAACUGGAAGAUGCAGGUUGAGAGUGAUGAUUGAAGAAGAGUUCUUGGACCGAUUCACGGUGGUUGAAGGUUUGUUACAGGUGGAAGAAGAAGCUGGAAAAGUUUGUUAGAGGUUGAAGGAUUGAGGGCAAAACGAUUUUUGGAAUGAGAGGGAAAAUUUUCUGAAAAAAAAUGAUUGGCAAUGAUUGCAGCUUAUAUAGCAGGAUCAAAGGGGCAAAUUGGAGAAUUAAAUCUGAAAAUGGUUCAAUCUGCACCAUCCAGCU